AUGGAAAACACUAACGAUCUUCCUAUUUCUACUCUGAAAGUUAAUUUUGGAUGCACAAAGGGCUGUUCUGAAGAUAUCACCAACAUGUUGAAACAACUUAAGGAAGUCAAAUCUAUUUCCAUUGAUCCAAGUCAAGGGAACGUAACAGUUGUUGGUAAUGUAAAUCCUAUGAAACUAGUUAAACUUCUUCAGAAGAUGGGGAAAAAGGCACAACUUUGGUCUUUUGACAAAGAACCAAACAACAAGAAAGCAGGUUCUCAUGCCAAAGAUAAGCAUCAUUCUUGUGAUCGUUACGAGAGUAGUGACAUUGAGGAUGUUUCUCAAACUGAUCAUGGUUAUAAACAAAGGACAACUCAACAUCAAAAAAACAAGAAAAUGCAUGGCAAACAUAAGCAUCACUCUAGUGAUUGUCAUGAGAUUAGUGACACGGAGGAUGAUGUUUCUCAAACUGAUCAUGGUUAUAAACAAAGGACAACUCAACAUCACAAGAACAACAAAGCAGGUUCUCAUGUCAAACAUAAGCAUCCUUCUUCUGGUUGUCAUGAGAGCAGUGACACUGAGGAUGAUUCUCAAACUGAUCAUGGUCAUAAACAUAGGACACAUCAACAUCAAAAGAACAAGAAAAUGCAUGACAACAAACGUAAUCACAUGUUUGGUUUUGGUAAUCAACAUGGACCACCGCGGCCACCGCCACAGUACACGUACCAACCAUUCCCAGGUUAUCACAACAACUAUCACCCAGCAAUGCAUGAGUACCAACCUCAACAUGGAGCAUAUGCAAUGCCGCCUUCGAUGUAUCCGGGAUCAAGGCCUCCGUAUCCGGGACCAUACCAUGGAUCAGGUCAGCCAUGGCCAUCUUAUGGACAAUAUGGCUCAAUGUUUCCAAGUUACAAUCCCAUGGUGCACUACAACAGUUAUGAAGACAAUUAUCGAUAUCCUAUAUAA